AUGGCCCAAUUCGGGGGACAGAAGAACCCUCCGUGGGCGGCUCAGUUCACUGCCACAGGGGUGUCCCAGCCCAGCCACUCAGGACAGUCCCUGGACCUCAACAGCCUACACUGUGAGUAUGAUACUUCAAUGGAUGACUGCCUUUCCUUCUAUACUCUGUGCUCAUCUGUGGGAUAAAAUUAAUGUGUGGUAGAGGCAGGGUUUCCACUAAGAAAAUGUGACGCCGGACAUGUGACCGGCAGCAUUUUAAUUUAUCGGACAUUUGUGAAAUUCACCGGACCCGUAUGCAUUGGGUGCGUAACCUGAUUAGGGUGUCCACCCAUGGUGCUCAGAAUGACAUAAAUCACAUUUAGAUUAUGGUAAUUCAUAUUAACCCCCUAGAUAACCCCCUAGAGUCGAUGUCCGCGCCCCUUCGAAAAUAUAUUAUCAUAAUAAAACAUUUCCCAUCAAAGUCCAUCAGUUUAAGCUAGAAAUAUCUGUUUUUUUUGCAUGGGCUGCGUCUCAAUCCACAGGAUCUGCCGAUGUUGCCCUUCCGCAUCUGCGGUGAAAGGUGGCAGAGCUAGAGCGGUAUUUGUCAGAUCAUGAGAUAUCACAAAAACGUCUGUAACGUCCGAACGGUUUGGCCUACAAACUAAAGAUGACUCUCACGAACACGAUGGUGUUCUCCAUUUUGCUCUAAGACCCCCACAAGCGUCACAGGACUCGUCUGAGGUCGGUACAGCCGAUCUGCCAACUUCUUUCUGUAGUGUCUGAACAGUUUGGGCUACACACUAAUAUGCCCCCUCUAAGGAAAGGUGAGUCUCUCACGAACAUGUCGGUUGUUUUGCUCUAGGACGCCCACAAGCCUCACAAGACUAGUCCCAGUACCAGUUUAAAAAAUGAAUGGAAGUACAGUAUAUAUGGAGAUAGGUUAGUGCCUAGAAUAGGGGAUUAAAUAAUGUCAAUUUCUUUUACAAUAUUCCUGAUCUUAUAACUUCCUUUUUAUAUAUAUUUUUGACUAUCUGUUUAUCCGUGUAUGAAGCUGUUAUUCAAUGCGUUUCUAUGGGCUAAUAGCAGUAAGGCCAAAUUCUAUGUUUCAUCAAAUAUUUUUUAUUUGUUUAUACCUUAAGGGAUCCAAAAAUUCUAAGUCAAAUAGCUAAAUGAUUCUUGGUAUGACCAUCUUAACAAUUACAUAUGUUAGCUUAGUAAACCGAACCCACCCCCCAGUUUAGACUCUUAAAGACUUAAGGAUUAACAGAACAUGCAAGUCGGGGAUGCAACGAUGUGUGGUACUUCUUACGAAAUUCUGAUGUGCACUUUGAAGAUGUUAGAAUAACUGUCCACAUUUGCUUUUCCUCAGCCAACAAGACAUGUUAACGAGCAGCAAAAUCACUGGCCUAUUUACAUUUGAGUCAUUUAGCAGACGCUCUUAUCCAGAGCCACUUACAGUUAGUGAGUGCAUACAUUUUCAUACUGGCCCCCCGUGGGAAAUGAACCCACAACCCUGGCGUUGCAAGCGCCAUGCUCUACCAACUGAGCUACAGGGGACCUAUCGCCUAUGUCAAUCUACUAUCCCCCAUAGUAGAAAAGUUGACCCAUUUUAUUGGUCAGCUGGUCGAGAAAGAAAUAGCCUAUUUCAAACAGACUCUGGGACGGUUGUGGUACGAUGGAUCCCAAAUUCAUACAACCAGUAGGCCUAGACUACAAAAAAAAAACCAGUUAGAAAGCAAUGAGUCUGAUGCAACAGAACGUUUAUCUUAAAAUGUUUGUAAACUAUUAUUUCUUAACAUUAUAAGCGCAGCAAUGCACACAAGGCAGUAGGCUAUGCACUAAUGUUCAUUCCAUAAUGCAAUUAGCAGGAAAACACCAUUGUCAAAAGGACACCGCUCAUGCAAGCGGUUUCAUGUGACAGAGAAAAUCAUUUGGCCACUGGUCAAUGAAAGAAAGUUGUCUAGGCUACACAUUUUUAAGCAAGGUAAGACAUGCCUCAUAAUAUGUAUUAAAAUGUUCAGGUUUCAAACAAUUAAAAUGUUUUCAAAAUGCAUACUGCCUCCAGCUUAUUACAAAGUGGUGUGUGAUGCGCUGAUGAAGCCUGACUUCCGUUGCCUAUGUAUGCUGUUUGAGAUGCUGUAGCAGCAGCUCUCACGUUUGACCGAUUUUCUGCUCAAAGGCUCUGUAUCUGUAUGCUGUAGGCCUGCGCGUGUGAUAAAUAAGAUGCAUAACGAAUAUACUGUACACACGUGCCAAUUUAAUUCCACUAAAUUAUGCAAAUUAACCUAUGGACCGAUAAGCAUGACCAAUCAAAUGUAUUUACAUUGACUGGUAUUUCCAUCAAUUAAUAGGCUAAAAAGCAUUAUUUCGCAAAUUGGCAGGUGCCAAUUUUAUUUAUCGCCUUUUUUUUAUUUUUAAGGCCAAAAGCUGGAUAUUACCGGCUAACAGUAACCCUGGAUUGAGGGUACAGUGUUUGAAGGAAACUGUGCAUCUCAGUGACAAAGUUUGUGAUGAAGGGGGUUCAGAGUGGUCCACUGGAUAUUCAACAAGGUUCAAAGUUCUAUACUUUUUAUUUCUCUCUCUCCCGUCUUUUAUCUUAAAUGUUUCUCGUUCUGCCGGUCUAUCACUCCAUUCCUCACUUGCCAUACAUCCUCUUUCUACAUUCUUCUAUUCCCAAACCCAUCUCUCCCCUGCAGCUCUAGGUGUGCAGCAGCCAUCUCUCCUGGGUGCGUCUCCCUCUAUGUACUCCCAGCAAUCGGCCCUGUCUGCAGCCUCCCUCAACUCCCAGUCGUCCGCCUCCAACUACCAGCUAUCCCAACAGACUGCAGCCCUGCAGCAGCAAGCUGCAGCCGCCGCCGCUGCAGCACUGCAACAGGUGAGUUACACUAGGGUCAGCUGGGCAGUGUUCCGUUAGGCACAAUGCAGCUAAAUGUUCUUUAACAGAAUAUGAUAAUAUUUGUUGUUAUUGGAUAAGCUCAGGUAGUAACUUUGGUUUCGUGCCAAAUGAACACAACCCAAAAGUCCCCAAAAUGGUAGGGCGAUACCCCAUUGGUUGAUCAUGGCUAAUUUCACUUGAACUUUCUGGAUUUUGUUUACUGAAAAAACAUUCCCAAUGAUGAGCAUUAUUUGGGUCAGACAAACCAUCGUGGUACCGAGAUUGGUAAGCGUCCAAACCUCACUAGACUUGAAGGAGCUGUGUUGUUGGAAAACCUGUUCUGAUUUGUGAGUGAGUGAUGAACUGAUGCAACUGAUAACCCCCCUCCUCCAUCAGACCAGUGUGAACAACAUAUUGUUUAGAUUCUGAGUGAACGUCUGAGAAAAAUACCCCUUUUUUCUUCUCAUGGCUGUAGUUGAGUAUGAAGUCACUUUAACUGUUUAGUAAAUGGUCUUCCCUUCAAAGUGAUGUUACUCAUAUAAACCGCAACAUCAAGUCAUUUAAAAUGUUUCUCUGUCCUGUCUCUCUAAUUGCUUUAGUCUCAAAUCAACUCGGCCUUGCAGCAGUAUCAGCAGCAACAACAACAGCAGCAACAACAGCAGCAACAGCAGCAGCAACAGCAGCAGCAGCAACAACAGCCUCCUCAGCAGCCUCCUCCUCAGCAGCUCUACAAUGUACCCCAUCAGGUGAGACACAUGGCCAUUACACCAAGUGAAAUACCCUGUUCUAGGUUGAGUAGGAUGAAGUUUCACUUAGAAGCUAUUGAUCUUAUGUGUUUUGAGUUUUGCCCCUGAUGGCUAUGAUUGGAGAAGAUGUUUAGUUUGUCAUAUAGUUCAUAUGAAGAUCAAUCUGGAAUUCCUAAUUUCUUCAAUCUCUCCUAAUGAGCACAUAUCUUGCCUUUUUAGUUAUACAAAAUAUUCUGUUUCCCUUAAAUGGAGUCAGUAAUAUGACAUUCUGUGGUGGACUUUGGUUCAGUUAAGCUUUGAGAAUGCCACAGGGUCUUAUCUGGAGUAGUACUCUGUUGCUUGGGGGUUUGAUACAUGUUUUUGCUGCUUGGCUUGUAAACGAAUUAGAGCUCGUCAGCAAAACUGUCAGACUGGGCCGAGUUCCAGAACUUUAACCCACAUUAAGAACACUGAGUGUUCUAACCCAGAGCAGCCAUUUCAUAUCACGUCAGUUAGAUCACUCACUCACAUAGUCACAGGCUUUCAUUUACAAAUGGGUUUGACUUAGAUAAAAGAAAAUGGCCUCACUGUUUGUCAAAUCAGAUUUGUUAUAGGCUAGAUGCUGCAGCAUAGUUUUCCCUUUUGUUCUCUUUAACCUAUAUAGUAUUUGUCUUAUACUUAGUUCCACAGGUUGUUGGUGGUACCUUAAUUGGGGAGAACGGGCUUAUGGUAAUGACUGGAGCGGAAUAGUGGAAUGGUAUCAAAUACAUCAAACACAUGGUUUCCAGGUGUUUGAUGCCAUUCCAUUUGCGCCGUUCCAGCCAUUAUUAUGACCUGUUCUCGCCUCAGUAGCCUCCUGUGCUGCAUUCUCUAGUAAAAAAAUGUUUUUUUGAGGUGCAAAUUAUUGAUGUACAACCUAGCUUGAAAAAGACCUCACUAAUGCUGGUCACUUGAUAUGCAUCAAUCAACAAAUGUAUUGUUUAGUCAAUGAAAGACUGAUUGCAAUUUCUGCAUUUGUGUGUGUACCCCGUUUCUUCAGCAACAUCAACAACAUACAGACUCAUACGGGGUAAAUUAUUGAUGUGCAACUCACACAGACAACUCUGAAUCGCCUUGAUUUGAGAAAGGCCAUACUCAUAUGUAUCAAUCAACAAAUGUAUUAUUUACUCAAUGAAAUACUUAUUGCAAUUUCUGCGUGUGUGUAUCCCAUCUCUUCAGCAACAUCAACAACAUACAGACUCAUACGGGGUAAAUUAUUGAUGUGCAACUCACACAGACAACUCUGAAUUGCCUUGAUUUGAGAAAGGCCAUACUCAUAUCUAUCAAUCAACAAAUGUGUAGUUGCCUCAAUGAAAGACUUAUUGCUAUUUCUGCGUGUUUGUGUACCCUGUCUCUUUAGCAACAUCAACAGCAUACAGACUUAUACGGGGUAAGCAGCAACAGUUCACAGCCGCAGCACAGUAAAAUCACAAGGCACUUUAUGCUUGGUGCUGGGGUAUGGAAUGUACUCUAUUCUACAGACACACAGUAGUAACUGUUCUACUUCUCUCUUUCUACCUCUAUCUAUCGCUCUCUCCACAGCUCCCCCAGCCCCAGCAAGCGCUGCUUUCACAGGUAGGCUAAUUAGGAACAAACUUGUCUCUCUUGUACAUUUAAUGCACUUUUCAACAAAAGUAAUGCCACUUUAGUCAGCUUGUCUUGAGUAGAAUUAUUUAGUCACAUUUUUAGAAUUUUGAAUGCAUCAUAAUAGUCUAACGUGACCAUGUCUCCUUUUCUGCUAUCUGCACGGAUGUUGAAAGAACUGGAGUGGUGAAAACAAAUUCCCGGUAGGCAUCCCCACCUUAUAACCUUUCUGUUUUUAAACCAAGUUCAUUUUUUUACCUUCUUCAUAGCCAAAUACAAUAACAGGACGCAUAUGGCCACAAUGAGAGUAAAAAUCAACACCUUUGGUAAAUGAGGAGAACCGCUAAGGGACAUUUGAUUAAAUUAAAUUCCAAAUAAGAUGAUAGACUCCAUAUAGACACUUCAAACAGUUCCAUUGUUAGAUACACAUAUUUAGAAUUUAGUGGGACUUGAUACAAUUCAUACAUUUAGGACUUAUACAGAAGGAAGGAGUAGCAUGAAGUUGCCCCAUGGACACUGACCUAUAACUUUCCUCUUCCCUAGCCCCCCGUGGCUCUCCCCACCAGCCUCUCUCUGUCCAACCCCCAGCAGACAGCCCAGAUCACCGUGUCCUACCCCACGCCUCGCUCCAGCCACCAGCAGCAGAGCCAGCAGCAAAGCCAGCCCCAGAAACAGCGAGUCUUCACCGGCGUUGUCAACAAGCUGCAUGACACCUUCGGCUUCGUGGAUGAGGACGUCUUCUUCCAGCUCAGGUGAGUGUCCAGUCUCUGCCUUUGGCCCAAGUCCUCUCAGAUCGUGCAUAGGGUAUAGGAGUCCAUUUCGGAUUGGGCCACACAAGACAUCGGACCAGUUGCCUUUUUUCCAUGGGUUUUCUGUAUUUUGUUGAUCGCAUCCCUAAUUUGUGUACCUUAUAUUCUAAAGCAGUAAUGUAUUUUUUUAUUGAAUUUCAAGUGUGAAGUCUCCAUAUAUUGCAGUUUCUAAAGCAAUUUCAAGUGGGUAAAUAAUGGGUGAUGUCUCCACAGUGCGGUGAAGGGGAAGACCCCCCAGGUGGGUGACAGGGUCCUAGUGGAGGCCGUGUACAACCCCAACAUGCCCUUCAAAUGGAACGCCCAGCGCAUUCAGACCUUACCUCAGCUGGCCAACCAAUCGGUGAGCCUCACCUAGCCCCCACGCACACCUGGGUCACAUUCAAUAGACAGGCCUGAAGUAAAACUGAAUAACUUUUGUUUCCCUACUGAAUAUGAUCCUGGUGACCCUGUCAACAGCUAAAACCAAAGCCUUACGCCUUGAUCAGACCGACAGCGUCAUUUCAUUUUGGUACACCAGAAGUACAUUCAUUUCCAAUUGAACUCUGCGUUUGCCUUGCAGCAUUGUGUUGCAGAGGCAUUUGCAGUGUGUUCUGUGUGGUGCAUACGUUGGAUUUAUCCAUCCAUCAAAUUGUAUGUGUAGACUUGACAGAAAAACACUGAACAAUUUCAAAGAGUUUACUGCGUUACAGUUCAUAUAAGGAAAUCAGUCAAUUUCAUAUGACUGGGAAUACAGAUAUGCAUCUGUUGGUCACAGAUACCUUUUAAAAAAGGUAGGGGCGUGGAUCAGAAAACGGUCAUUAUCUGGUGUGACCACCAAUUGCCUCAUCUCCUUCGCAUAGAGUUGAUCAGGCUGUUGAUUGUGGCCUAUGGAAUGUUGUCCCACUGCUCUUCAAUGGCAGUGAGAAGUUGCUGGUUAUUGGCGGGAUCUGGAACACGCUGUCGUACAUGUCGAUCCAGAGCAUCCCAAACAUGCUCAAUGGGUGAUACGUCUGGUGAGUAUGUAGGCCAUGGAAGAACUGGGACAUUUUCCAGUUCCAGGAAUUGUGUACAGAUCCUUGCGACAUGGGGCCGUGCAUUAUCAUGCUGAAACAUGAGGUGAUGGUGGCGGAUGAAUGGCAUGACAAUGGGCCUCAGGAUCUCAUCACGGUGUCUCUUUGCAUUCAAAUUGAAAACGAUAAAAAGCAAUUGUGUUCGUUGUCCGUAGCUUAUGCCUGCCCAUACCAUAACCUCACCUCCACCAUGGGGCACUCUAUUCACAACGUUGGCAUCAGCAAACAGCUCGCCCACACGAUGCCAUACACGCCGUCUGCCAUCUGCCCGGUACAGUUGAAACCGGGAUUCAUCUGUGAAGAGCACACUUCUCCAGCGUGUCAGUGGCCAUCGAAGGUGAGCAUUUGCCCACUGAAGUCGGUUACAACGCUGAACUGCAGUCAGGUCAAGACCCUGGCGAGGAAGGCGAGCACGCAGAUGAGCUUCCCUGAUACGGUUUCUGAUAGUUUGUGCAGAAAUUAUUCGGUUGUGCAACCCACAGUUUUAUCAGCUGUCCGGGUGGCUGGUCUCAGACAAUCCCGCAGGUGAAAAAGCCGGAUGUGGAGGUCCUGGGCUGGCGUGGUUACACGUGGUCUGCAGUUGUGAGGCUGGUUGGAUGUACUGCCAAAUUCUCUAAAACUACGUUGGAGGCGGCUUAUGGUAGAGAAAUAAACAUUACAUUCUCUGGCAACAGCUCUGGUGGACAUUCCUGCAGUCAGCAUGCCAUUUGCACGUUCCCUCAACUUGAUACAUCUGUAGCAUUGUGUUGUGUGACGAAACUGCACAUUUUAGUGGCCUUGUAUUGUCCCCAGCAUAAGGUGCACCUGUGUAAUGAUCAUGCUGUUUAAUCAGCUUCUUGAUAUGCCACACCGUUCAGGUGGAUGGAUUAUCUUGGCAAAGGAGAAAUGCUCACUAACAGGAAUUUAAAUACAUUUGUGCACAACAUUUGAGAAAUAAGCUUUUUGUGCGUAUGGACAUUUUCUGGGAUCUUUUAUUUCAGCUCAUGAAACAUGGGACCAAUACUUUACAUGUUGCGUUUAUAUUUAUGUUCAGUAUAGUAGCAAAAGGUGAAUGUUGAACUUUUGUUGCACACGUAUCCACUAAAAAUCUUGGCUUACAUAAUGAAAAACGUUUGGCUGCAGAAUGUAUUACUCAGCAUUGAUGCAAUGAUGCAGUCGUUCUGAUCGAGGCAUUAGUGACACCUUACACCUCAAUUUGAAUGCUUCCAGGGUUUGGUUCCAAUAUGAUCAUUGGCUCUCUCUUCCCGUCUGCCCUGGUUGACUCACUCUUAGAUGUAAAUGUAAUGUAAGCCUACAUGUAGCCUACUAGAAGUAUAGAUGGAGCCAUUGCCAUAUUCACCCUCCGAUCUCAGUGCAGAGGUGAAGUUUGAAAGUGAUCAGAUUGGAACCCAGCCCGUGCGUGUGGUUGUGUGUCUGUUAUUAACCAGUCUGAUUUCCACCCCUAGCUUCAGCAGCAGCCCCAGUCCUUACCUCCAGUUCCCCCACAGCUGAGCAGCUUCUAUGCUGACCAGGGGAUGCAGCAGCGCUACUCAGACAUGCACUCCGUCGGCAUGGACAACAGACAAAAUGUAACCCCCCUCCCCCCAACACCUCUAUGGGCCUCUUAUUCUAGCUCUUUUUUUUCAACAAAAAAAUCAUACAUAUUCCUGCAUCUUUCUGAGGCAUUUUACGCACUCUGUGCUUCUCCCUCCUCUUCUCUCUUCUAGUCUCUCUCGUCUCUCUCUUUUCCUUCUUCAUGCUAAUUUGUGUUUCGGACCAAGAAAAAGCACAAAGGACAAAGCACAUAAAAUGCAUUGAAUACUUUUAGAAAUUAAUUUUAUCUCGGGGCCUAUGGUCUCUCAGCCUAUGGUUUCUGAAACACGAAAGAAUGCCAUCUGUCUCUUUACACUUAUUUUUUGGGCUUCUCUAACGGUGAAAUCCAUGAUAAUCUCUCAACAGGGGAAAUUUGCCGUUUUUAAAGGUGUAAUCCAUAAGAUUUCUUGAUAUUGUUCAUUUAGGCUAACCAUGCGAGUCCAAUUGAGAUGGUAAUUCUUUUUAUGUUUUUUGCUUAAAUUUUUACAGACAUAUUAAAGCAAUUAAAUCAACAAAUACUAGGAUUUCUAGGCUAUCUUAAAGAAUGCACUUUUGACACACUUUUCUUCACUUCUCUAACCCUUUCUUCUUCAAUGUUAUGGUAAAUACAUGAUUUUCAUACAUGAUAAGCACCUUUUCACCUCACAAACAGGUUAGGAACUACUAUCGAAACUGAAAAGUUCUCCAUACUUCUCACAGAAAGUCAUACACCGAUUAUUCCAGGGUUUUGCAGAGUUUUAUAACUUGACCUUUUUGUAGUUUUUUCGCGGAACCUGUCCUGUCUUUGCAGAUAAUGCAGACUUAAUAUAUUCUUCUUCGGCAGUAGUUUUCUCAUUUAUUCACUGUACCUGAUUGACACAACUGCACCUGCCAAAAAACAGUUUGGGUGAAAGAAAGGACGCCUUCCAAACCUCACUCCUCUAGUUCUGUUUUGCUUUAGCACAUGGUUACCUGUUGGCAGUGGCACAAAUCUCAUUUGGUGUAUGUCGUCUAUGCAUAAUGAUAUCCAUGAAGCACAUUUCUUUAACUAAAGCGCCUAUAUGUGACAAGAAAUAAAAAUAAAACACUUACUCUGAUAAGAUACCUCAUGGGACAGCCCUGGGGUAAUGCUAACCUCUCUUCUCCCUCACCCCACCCCAGAGCCAGCCUCCAGGCCCUAAUAUGAUGAAGCCGGGUCCCAACAUGCUCCAGUCUCUGCCUCCCCCCACCACGUUCAGUGUACAGGCCCAGGGUCCCCCUCCUCCCCUGCUCCAGGCCCAGCUCUCUGCUGCCUCCCUGGCCCCGCUCCUCCAUAACCCCCCUCCGCCCCUGCUGUCACAGCCACCACCCAAAGGUAGGGGGCACUAUGAUGUCGAUUUGUGUUUUUCUGAUGCUUUUAGAUUUAGUUGCUACUUUUGCAGAAAAUAAAGAAAUGAUUUGUAAUAUAUCUGUCUGUGUUUGUAUGUAUUUGUCUGUCUGUGUCUGUUUCUCGCUUUGUGCGUUUCCCUUUUCCCUCCAGAUGUGUUCUCAGGAGGUCUGCUUCAGCCCCCAGUGAGGAUGAUGCCUCAGCCCGUCAGGCGUCUGGACCCCUCCCCCCGCUUCCCCAACCGUAACGACCGCCCUGAACUCAUCCUCAGGACCAAGGAUGAACGCAGUCGUGAAAGAGACCGUGAGCGCAGGCGGUCCAGAGAGCGCUCUCCCAUACGUAAACGCUCAAGGGACCGUUCUCCGAGACGUGACCGCUCCCCCCGCCGCCCUCGCAAGGUGGUGCCUCGCUAUACUGUCCAGUUCUCCAAGUUCAGCCUGGACGGGUGGGUCAACUAAUCAUUAUGAUGAUUGAUCAGUUUCAGCUUUUGAUUGAUAAUAUAUCUGGGAGUAAUCGCGAAAACCCAACCUUAGGCAAAACAGUGACUAGGGUCUGGUUUAAAUGAUGGACUCUUUUGGCAUACAUUUUUUACAUUUUUAGUCAUUUAGCAGACGCUCUUAUCCAGAGGGACUUACAGUUAAUGAGUGCAUACAUUAUUUAUUUUUUCAUACUGGCCCCCCGUGGGAAGCGAACCCACAACCCUGGCGUUGCAAACGCCAUGCUCUACCAACUGAGCUACAUCCCUGCCGGCCAUUCCCUCCCCUACCCUGGACGACGCUGGGCCAAUUGCGCGCCGUCCCAUGGGUCUCCCGGUCGCGGCCGGCUACGACAGAGCCUGGAUGGAGAGGAACUACGUCACUACCUACGUCACUACUUUAUCCACAAAAAGUAAAAUACAAAAUAGUAGCCAUCAAAUGGAGAUGAGAGGUUAUUUUUAUUGAGUGCAUUUCGCAAGUGGCUAGAUUACAUCAACUACCUUAACUAAAAUCACUGCAAAGGUUUUACCGGCACACUUAGAUUUUGAAUCAUGAUGUGCUGGCUUGUCUUGCUUGUGAUUGUUUGGGAGAGUCCCCGAAAUUAGUUUUUUCCCCUUAUGUAGGCAGUGACGUAGUUUCUCUAUGCCAAAAGAGUCCAUUGAAACCAGAGGGGUAUACUACGAAGGAAGCUAGAUCUACUCAGGGUUUUCUGAAGCUAUCCAGCUUCAGUUAGCUUCGCAUUCCAGCACAAGCUUCAUCCGUACAAAAGUUUUACUGUGCAUUAAGUUUCAAAUGCAUUCUGUCAUUAUUAAAUGUGUAAUGUGAUCGGUAUUUUAACAUUACUCUUUUUUAACACAUAAAAAAUGAACACUUCCUCAAAUGAAGGGGAGGAUGAUGCAAUCUUUGCGAGAAGGAGGAAAUCUGAUUUAAUUCGUCCUCAACUCACAGCUCAGACACUUCAUUCAGGAGAAAUGGAGUUAGCCCUGAGUUAGCCUGCCUAGGUGCAGGUUAGUUUUGAAGGAUUCGUUGCCAUAGAAAUUUACCUGGCUAAAAGGUGAGCCACUUUCGUGGUAGCGGUUAUCCCGAGUUGAACUCGAGAGUUGACCAAAGUUACCUCGGUUACUCCUCAAACCUGAUUCGUAGUAUAGGGCUCUGACCUUAGUCACUGUGUUGCCUAAGGCCGGGUUUUAGGCACUACACAGGGGUGCUAUUGACUUUAGAACUGUGUGAGUAGUGGAGGACUAGGUGAACUGUAUAUAUUCCUGUGUUUCGGCACCAACUCGGAGCCUCUCUGGGCCUUUCUUACAGUGUGCAUAUAGUCUUCGGUCUGCUCGCUGCUCCUCGUGUGUCUCUGUUGUUUCUGAUUGUUAUAAAGAUAUAUUCCUGUGUUUCGGCACCAACUCGGAGCCUCUCUGGGCCUUUCUUACAGUGUGCAUAUAGUCUUCGGUCUGCUCGCUGCUCCUCGUGUGUCCCUGUUGUUUCUGAUUGUUAUAAAGAUAUAUUCCUGUGUUUCGGCACCAACUCGGAGCCUCUCGGGGCCUUUCUUACAGUGUGCAUAUAGUCUUCGGUCUGCUCGCUGCUCCUCGUGUGUCCCUGUUGUUUCUGAUUGUUAUAAAGAUAUAUUCCUGUGUUUCGGCACCAACUCGGAGCCUCUCGGGGCCUUUCUUACAGUGUGCAUAUAGUCUUCGGUCUGCUCGCUGCUCCUCGUGUGUCCCUGUUGUUUCUGAUUGUUAUAAAGAAGUGAAUGUGAGGAGGUAAAUUGAGGUUGUAUUAAAGAUGUUUUGUAAUUGAUAUAAAAAAAAGCUAUGUGGCUGCAUUGAAGCAGGUUCGAGGUGCUUUGCAUCCAUGCUAGAACCAUUUGUAGUGACUACAUUUGGUAGAACUGUACUAUUUUCUCCCAUCCAGUUCUAACUGUGACAUGAUGGAGCUGAGAAGACGCUACCAGAGCCUGUACAUCCCCAGUGACUUCUUUGAUGCUGUGUUCACCUGGGUGGAUGGCUUCCCCCUGCAACGGCCCUUCCAGUUCGGCAACUACUGUAACUUCCACAUCAUGCACAAGGAGGUGGACUCUCUGGUUAAGAACACUGCGGUGCUGGACCCUCCUGAUGCCAACCACACAUACAGCGCUAAGGUAGGGUAUACACACAGACAGGUUGCAUGCACGUGUACAUACACACACACACACACACACCUGUACAGCGCUAUGUUGUGAUACAUACACACACACCUACUAAUACCACAUACAGCGCUAAGUCCACUCACACCUUCACCUGUCCUGUCUGUUGUAAUGUGUUGAACAGGUGAUGUUGCUGGCCAACCCCAGUCUAGAAGAGCUCUACCAUAAGUCCUGUGCUCUGGCUGAGGACCCUCAAGAACUCAGAGACUCCUUCCAGCACCCCGCCCGCCUCAUCAAGGUCAGUUAGGUGUCAACCACUCAGGUGUUUUUCCCUAGCCUGGCGUACAGUACAGUAUGAAAAAUGUAUGCACUCACUAACUGUAAGUCGCUCUGGAUAAGAGCGUCUGCUAAAUGACUAAAAUGUCAAAUGUUAUGGAGGAGGCUUAGGCUUGUUUUUAACCUCUUGUUUGUCUCUUUCCAAUUUCUCACUCUGUCCUUCUGUCUCUCCUUCGGUCUCUCUCUCCAUUGCUCAGUUCCUGGUGGGGAUGCGGGGUAAGGACGAGGCCAUGGCAAUCGGGGGCCACUGGUCCCCCUCCCUGGAUGGAGCGGAGCCUGAGAAGGACCCGGCUGUGCUCAUAAAGACAGCCAUACGCUGUUGUAAGGCCCUCACAGGCAUAGACCUGAGUCUCUGCACUCAGUGGUAAGUCCUGCUCUUUUCCUCAACCUCCUUUCUCUCUUUUCUAUCGCUGUCGUUUCUGUCGAUAACUAGGCCUGUGGUAGUAUUAUUACAAAAAAUUGAAAAGGUGACAAUCCAUGAUGCAUGGUUUUGUUACCUCCCAACGAUGAAUAUAUUGCUUUUUUUGUUGGUUUUUGGACAUUAAUGACUAUGAUUCUGUCAUUUGAUUUGCCUCUUAAUUCUUUUUUGUUUUGCAAUAUGUCUCUUUGGCUACCAUAUGACGCCGUCCUGCUUCUAUCUAUCUUUGUAUAUCUAUGUGGUGGAUGAAUGAAUGCAUAGAUUUUUGUUGGCUCGAAGCGCAGUCUCCCGGACCAGAAGACACCACCAUUACUUUUCGUGUUUUAAAUGUUUUCCUUUCAUUCUGUUAAAUAUCUUACAUAUUUAACUUCUUGCUUUUACUGUCCUGUCCUCUGAUUCUGUGUCUUCUCUCACAAACUCUCCCGUCCGCGGGGUCGUAAGCUACGCAAACACAGACAUACUGAGCUUUGAUUGACUGAAGUCGAGGGUUGGGGCGGGUUUGGGGUGUUACCAGGGUUGAUGUUUUUGUCAAAACAAAAAAUGGCCGCUGUUACCCCUGAAAACCAAUGGACAACCAAUGGAGAGCUGCAGACUGGGCUCCAUGCUAAUGUUGUGUGUUGGGGGGGAUACUGUAACAAGUUCAAAAGUCAUUGGGGGGUAAUGUAGCCUAGGCUAGUCCUAGCCCUGUUUUUGAGAGAUGUGUCCCUGACCCGAAUGUUUCUUUCCAAUGCGCCUUCUUCCUUUGCGACAGGUAUCGUUUUGCAGAGAUUCGCUAUCAUCGCCCUGAGGAGACUCACAAGGGGCGGACAGUGCCCGCACAUGUGGAGACAGUGGUUUUGUUUCUCCCGGAUGUUUGGCAUUGUCUUCCUACCCGCUCAGAGUGGGAAGGGCUGUCGCGGGGACUUCGGGAGCAGCUGGCUGAGAAGCUGUCCGCCGAGCGGAAGGAGGCUGAUGGAGAACAGGCACUGAACCGCUAAUCCCUCUCUUCUCAUUUCCCCCGCUUCUCACAGGACGAACACAGCCACAGGAUAUUCACUAGACAUAACCACCCCAGAUACACACAGUACAUAUGUUAUACAAAUCUAAACACACACACAGAGGGUAAACCAGAUAUCACCAUCAUCACAGGCAGAAUAUUGAACUACCUGGUCCCCUUUAGGUUCAGUUCCUCUCACUGGUCCCCCCCCCCUCCUCCUACCGUCCUGCUACCUGCUCCUACCCCCACCGUCCCCUCCCUACACCCCACCUGCCCUCACACUCAGCAGACACAGUGAACGGAGACUAGGUCGUAUCUGAAUGACGACGCCGCAACUGGCCAAUCAGCUUCCAGCUUUAUAAAUGACUCUUAAUUGGUCUAUACUGGAUAUAGCCUAAUUGGCUUUAUUUGCUUGUGCUAUAAUCACAAUUAAUAAAAAAUGAACCUGCUUGCAAUUUUGGCUACUUGCAUGAGGGGAGGAUAAAAUUACAUAAUUGGAUUAUUUGCUUGGAACCGCUGAGGAUUCUAAAAGAGAAUGCUGGAACCUGCAGAACCAGUUGCGUUGGCAUGUGUUUGUUCUAGAUUUAGUUUUAGAUUUUUUGAUAAUUUUUUACUUCAGUAUCUGCUGAAUUUGAAAAGAGAAAAAAAACCUUCCCUAAGUUCUGUAUCUUGUCUGUCCCUGUUUUGAUUGGACUGUAUCUAGAGCUUGGUUUGUUCCAGGGCAGUUGGUUGGACAGAUGGUCUUCUAUGAUCUUCUAGAACCUAAACAGAACCAAAAGAAUGCAGAAUCCAGAACUAUCCCAAUCAGAAUCUAUGCCAGACUAGGAUUGCUAGCUACGGAACCCACAUACAGACAGUUAGCAUACACACUGAGUUUGGCAACACCAGCUUUGAGUUGAACGUGAUGUACCUGCCACUACACAGAUACAGACCACACCCCCUUUGGAACCCACUGUCAUUGAUUUACCUUUUUGUGUUCCACAGAACGUGAUUGAUUGGCCGCUGGGGAUGGGGGGCAGGGCAUUGGUUUUCCGUGAUAAAGGUUUUAUAUUAAAGAGCUAGAGGGCGUCCCUGUGUUACCUACCUACCUACCCACCCUGCAGUAGCAGAGGACUACUUUAUCAUCCCAGAGCAACUCACUAGGACCAGAGAAACUAUCAGACACAUGAUGUGAAGAAUCACCUUUUGGUUUUUUACUAGUUAAAAUGACAGGAGAACUAGUGUUUUAAUGGUUUUCUGUCCCUCUCUUUUUUUCUUUCUCUAUCUCUCUCUGUCUCGGUUGGUUGGUUCUUUCUCAAAGGAGGAAGAGGAGAAGGAUGAAGAAGAUUCAAAGGAGGUGACCACCCCGACACACUGGACUAAGCUUGAUCCAAAAUCAAUGAAGGUAGGAUUCUGAAUAUUACUCAGUACAAAGUGAGUUACUUAGACUUUUAAAGCCACUUAGCAGAUACUUUUAUUCAGAGAUUUAGAGUACAGUGAGUGGAUAGCCUCAUUUUUUGUAUGUGUAUGUGAUGAUCACUGCAGAAUUGAACCCACAACCAUGGCAUUGCUAGUGAGUCAGGAUACUGUUCUUCUGAGGUGCUAUUAGCUGUUUUGGUUCAGGUGGUUCCCCACAUCCAUACUUGGUGUCAUCAGUAACUUUGCAACUUAACAACAAUCCUAACCAGUGUUUGAUCUGCAAAAAUAAAAAAUGCUUGAAUUAAUGGUUGCAGAUGAGGAGGGGGGGUCCCUGGAUAAUUUUUAUGUAGGAGGACUGAGAAGCUCAGUUCUGGUGACUUUUUAAAAGGACAUUCUACUAUAUAAUUAUGCUGAAAGCAUCUAAAAUAUAAUUUCCACCUCCAGAAAUGAGCCCAAUAACAUAAUGCUAAAAUUAUUCAUAAAAAAAUAUUUUAAUAUAUUGGCCCAUCAGAGGUCGCAGAAAAGGAAAGGAAAGAUAGGUAAAACGCAGAAAAAGGAUCUUGAUGCCUUUUCUAAACACAGAUCUAAAAUGCUCAUUAUUGUAAAUUCUGCUCGGCUUCAGUCAGGGUUCGCUCCAAAUCAUGAAUGUAAAAUGACUAAUUUCGUGCUUCAAUUGCACUUCUCCACUCGGAUUAAAUAUCUUUGCUGUCUUCAUUGGCUCACCAGACAGCGCUCUGACUGAUGUGUAGUGUAGGCGACUUUUCUCCGGUACUUUCCUUACGUCUAGUUUUUCUCCGUUAGCAAGUUAAAAUGCAAGAAGUUAAACUUCAAGCGAAACAUUAGAAAAUGUAGCUGGCUACAUUCUUUCUCUAAUAAACAUUAGAAAUAUGAUGGCCAUGCAUCGUUUUUGCAAAAAACUUUUUCAUUGAAAGCUAAUUUACUUGUGUGUCUGCUAGCCAAAUAGCGUUGCACUUCUGUUGUCAUCUGAUAAACGAUUUUCUGACGAAUGUGUUGCACUAAUGUGUUUUGUGUGAAGAACAACUUUAGUCGCACGGCCCUUAUCGCUCCAUUGAAGCAGAACUCCACUGUUGACUUUCAAUCAAAAACGCAGGUGAAAUGGUUUUGAAAAUACUGAUUUCUGAACGCUAAUGCGACCCCUGGACCAUGCAUAUAGCCAAUUGAUACAAAUCAUCAUAUCAUAUCAUUAUGCCAGGUAAGGUUACUUUGCAGUUAACAUUUUAAUUUGGAAAGUUUUAUGGGAAAGCCUUUUAGAAAUGAAUGUUUCAGCGUCGCGACCAGAAUUGUCGCACUUUAGAGCCCUGAUCAGAAGUUAUGUCAAUGCAUUCUUGUCUAUAGCAUCUCAGCAGGGCUAGCAUAUUGGUAGUUUACUGGUGCACUUAUCUUUUGUUAUGUAUUGUGUGUCUUUCCAAAAAAGCAGAUUCCACAUACUGCUCACGUGCAAUGUUUGUUCAGCACAAAAUACAUUUAAAAAAAGAAACAAUGUGCGGGGAGCUUCCUCUUUUGAAUCACAUUGUAUAUCCAAUCCAUCCAAAAUGUGAAACAAAAUAAUGAUAAAUUAUGAUCUGACCACCUCUCCUCUGUAGGUGAAUGACCUGCGCAAAGAGCUCGAGUCACGCUCCCUGAGCUCUAAGGGGUUGAAGUCCCAGCUGAUUGCCCGCCUCACCAAGCAGCUGAAAGUGGAGGAGCAGGUGGAGGAGGCCAAGGAGCCUGAGAAACCGGAGAGCCAGGUCCCUGAGGAGGAGGAGCCUCAACACAUGGAGGAAGACAGAGAGGUACAGUACAGGAGGGUACUUACGACUAGGACACUUACUGCUAGGACACUUGCGUCUAGUGUACUAACACCAAAGCUGGACAGAGGUAUGCUUUUAGUGCACUUAGCUACAUUUAGCACAAUUACAAACAACAAUACCUGGCCUUACUAGAAUGGGUCCACUGAUUUCUUGUUUCUGAUUAUCCAUCUUCAUCCCAUCUCUCUCCGUCUGUUUGUCCAUCAGGAGGAGGAGAGGAAGAAGCAAGAGGAGUUGGAGCGCCAGCGCAGAGAGAAGCGCUACGUCCUGCCAGACGAGCCCACCAUCAUAGUUCACCCCAACUGGGCGGCCAAGAACGGCAAGUUUGACUGCAGCGUGAUGUCUCUGAGCGUGCUGCUGGACUACAGGGUGGAGGACAACAAGGAACACUCCUUCGAGGUGAGACAACACAGACACACACAAACACGCACACAUUCAGAGCACAUUCAGGACACACACACAAAAUCUCAGGACACUCAUGAACAUGAGCACACACAGAUAUACAUACAUACAUACACACACACACACACACACACACACACACACACACGCACACACAUAUUAGCAGUAGUAGCAGCAGCUGCACUGAGUAUUGGUAGCUCCCAGUCAUACACUGAAUUUUACAACCCGUUCACGAAAAUGCUUCGCUCCUACAGACAUUGAGUCACUGGCCAUGGCUUGCUCUAUAAAGCAGGCAAACGGGCAUCGAGGCAUUCAAUUACUGUUCAAUUGGUUAGAAUGGGCAAAACGAGUGACCUAAGUGGUAGGCGCGCCGGUUUCAGUAUCUCAGAAACGGCCGGCCUCUUGGGAUUUUCACGCACGACAGUGUCUAGGGUUUACAGAGAAUGGUGCUACAAACAAAAAACACCCAGUCAACGGCAAUGUUCCCUUUAAGCUGCGUGCGUGCGCAGGUGCGCAGCUCCCCUCAGACUGCCGCGCAGAAGAAUUAUCAGCCUGCCCAGAGAAGCACGAGAUUGAACUUCACUCAACUAUCUAGAGUUAUCCCCUUUAGUUGACACUAUCAACGUUUCGCUCUACUGUGGGAAUUGUGCUCAAAUCAACGCAAUAUUAGCCACUUUCAAUAUAACAUACCGAAACAAAACAAACUAUGCAAGACAUAGUAUGCUAAACUAACUGUGCAAGAAAUGUUCUUGUAGGCAGGGCGCAUUGGUGUAGGAUUCUAUUGCUUUGAUAGGCAAUACACAGACCGGUGCGCCAUAACCAAUCAGAGCUGCAGUAGGCUUAUAUGCAAAUUGCCAUAUAUGGAUCUGUGCCAUUCACUUUGAAUUGGACUGUGUUUACAGCAUGAGCAGUCGUGAGUAGAUGCACUUGUUUUGAGAUCAAAGCGAGAGCUGCAUGUAGCCACCUGUGCACAUUUGUUCAUAUCCUUGGCUAGUUAGUGAAUUAUUAGCCCAGUUAUAGCUAUUUUCUACUCAACAAUGUGGGAGUGAUUGCUUCCUGCAAGAGCACAGAAUGUGUGCAUUUCUAGCCAUCUUUGUAAAGCAAGUCAGGUAAAGAGCUUUUUUUAUGUCUUAAAGGUGUUGUAUUUUGAUACGGUCUUGAAUAAGCGAAGUAGCAAAUAGGCAGAGGGUAGCAUCAUUUGUCUGAUUCUCUGUAAUAAUGGUAUGGGAAUAAUAAUGAAUUUUAUUUUGUCAAGUUGUUUCUUGCAUUAAACAUUUUCAGUUACCUCGUCUGAAGGACAAGUGGAUAAACAGGUUAAUGUCAAGCCCAUGUUUUUUUUUCCAAAAGUCUCAUGGAAUGUAGGCCUACAUUGAACACCACACAUUUGCUGCUACUUUAGGCAGCUAUUUCCAUGUUAAUGUUAUGGGAUGCAUUUUUCUCCAUUGUUUUUGAUGGUAGGCCACUCUGGUAGGCCUACAUUAUGAUCAAAUAGCCGCAGUAGCCUACAUGGCCGUUGUUAAAACUGUAACUUAAAGUGGGUACAGCCUCAGCGUUCACAGUAAACGGACGCCUGAAGUUGCACAGAAUUUUCACAACGUUCAAGUUUGUGCUCAGCAGACCUGAAAUCUGCUCAGUGCUGAAAAACAUUAGAGGGAACAUUGGUCAGCGGCAGUCCUGUGGGCGAAAACAGCUCGUUGAUGAGAGGUCGAAGGAGAAUGGCAAGAAUUGUGCAAGCUAACAGGGGCCACAAACAGGCAAAUAACGGCGCAGUACAACAGUGGUGUGAAGAACGGCAUCUCGGAACGCACAACUUGUCGGUCCUUGUCAUGGAUGGGGUAUUGCAGCAGACGACCACAACGGGUUCCAUUCCUAUCGGCUAAAAACAAGAAGAAGUGUCUCCAGUGGGCACGUGAUCACCAACACUGGACAAUUUGAGGAGAGGAAAAACAUUGCCUGGUCCGACGAAUCCCGGUUCCUGUUGCGUCAUGCUGAUGGCAGAGUCAGGAUUUGGCAUAAGCAGCAUGAGUCCAUGGACCCAUCCUGCCUGGUGUUAACGAUACAGGCUGGUGGUGUAAUGGUGUGGGGAAUGUUUUCCUGGCACACGUUAGGUCCCUUGAUACCAAUUGAGCAAUGUUUGAAUGCCACACCUUGUAGAAUCCAUGCCCCGAGGAAUUCAGGCUGUUCUGGAGGUAAAGGGGUGUCCGACCCGGUACUAGAUGGGUGUACCUGAUAAACUGGCCACUGAGUGUAUAUAAAUCAAAUCAAAUUUUAUUGGCCACAUGCGCCGAAUACAACAGGUGCAGACAUUACAGUGAAAUGUUUACUUACAGCCCUUAACCAACAGUGCAUUUCUUUUUAACAAAAAAAGUAAAAAUAAAAUAACAACAAAAAAAGUGUUGAGAAAAAAAAGGAGCAGAAGUAAAAUAAAAUAACAGUAGGGAGGCUAUAUAUACAGGGGGGUACCGGUGCAGAGUCAAUGUGCGGGGGCACCGGCUAGUUGAGGUAGUUGAAGUAAUAUGUACAUGUGGGUAGAGUUAAAGUGACUAUGCAUAAAUAGUUAACAGAGUAGCAGCAGCGUAAAAGGAUGGGGUGGGGGGGGGCAGUGCAAAUAGUCCGGGUAGCCAUGAUUAGCUGUUCAGGAGUCUUAUGGCUUGGGGGUAGAAGCUGUUGAGAAGUAUUUUGGACCUAGACUUGGCACUCCAGUACCGCUUGCCGUGCGGUAGCAGAGAGAACAGUCUAUGACUAGGGUGGCUGGAGUCUUUGACAAUUUUGAGGGCCUUCCUCUGACACCGCCUGGUAUAGAGGUCCUGGAUGGCAGGAAGCUUGGCCCCAGUGAUGUACUGGGCCGUACGCACUACCCUCUGUAGUGCCUUGCGGUCGGAGGCCAAGCAGUUGCCAUACCAGGCGGUGAUGCAACCAGUCAGGAUGCUCUCGAUGGUGCAGCUGUAGAAUUUUUUGAGGAUCUGAGGACCCAUGCCAAAUCUUUUCAGUCUCCUGAGGGGGAAUAGGCUUUGUCGUGCCCUCUUCACGACUGUCUUGGUGUGUUUGGACCAUGAUAGUUCGUUGGUGAUGUGGACACCAAGGAACUUGAAGCUCUCAACCUGUUCCACUACAGUAUGUGGAACAUAUGUACACCGGAAGAAUGUACACAAUAUAUGCUAAGAAUGAUUUGUACAGCAGUAGAUAUAUUAGUGAGCCAAGUAAAUGUGGUGUGUGUGUAUAAACAGUGUAACUAAAAUACAAAGUACAGUAUUAGAAUGAGCUAUGUUGGGAAUACAGUAUUUUAAAUACUGUGUGAAAUGGGAAGUGUCCAGUGGCUCAACACUACUGUGUGUGUGAGAGUGAGUAUUAGGUGUGUGUGAGUGUGCAACACCUGGUAGACUGCUAGUGAUGGCAGUUCAACAGUCUGGCCUGGUAAUCAAAGCUGUUUUUUAGUCUCUGUCUUGGCACUGAUGCACCUGUACUUUCUCCGUCUGCCAGACGGUAGCCGAGUGAAGUCCUUAAUAAGAUUUGCAUCAAAAGGUAUCAUAUCUCUGUCUCCUCUUCUCUCCAGGUGUCUCUGUUUGCGGAGCUGUUUAACGAGAUGCUACAGAGAGACUUUGGCUACAGGAUCUUCAAGGCCCUGGCCUCUGUGCCCUGCAAGGAUGACAAGAAAGACAAGAAGGAGAAGGCCAAGAAGGAGGCAGAGAAGAAGGAGGCAGAGAAGAAGGAGGCAGAGAAGAAGGAGGCAGAGAAGAAGGAGGCAGAGAAGAAGGAGGCAGAGAAGAAGGAGGCAGAGAAGAAGGAGGCAGAGAAGAAGACAGAUGUGAAGAAAGUAAAGGAGGAGGAGAAUGGAGAGCCGGUGACAAAGAAGGCAAAAGAGGAGGAACCGGAGAAGAAGGUGAGUGGUUCAUCGCUCUCGAGAGUGAAUUGUAUUUAUAUUGAGAAGAAGUAGGUGGGAGGUUCAUAGCUCUUUAGUGAAUUGUAUUUAGUGCUUUCAGAAGGUAUUCAUACCCCUUGACUUAUUCCACAUUUUAUUGUUACAGCCUGAAUUCAAAAUGGAUUACAUUGAUUUUUCCUCACCCAUCUACACACAGUACCCCAUAAUGACAAAGUGAAAACAUGUUUUUAGAAAUGUUUGAUUAUGGCUGUGUCUUUCUGGGUAAGUCUCUAAGAGCUUUCCACACCUGGAUUGUGCGACAUUUGCCCAUUAUUCAUUUCAAAAUUCUUCAUUGCUAGACAACCAUUUUCAGGUCUUGCCAUAGAUUUUCAAGAAGAUUUAAGUCAAAACUGUAACUCAGUCACUCUGAAACAUUCACUGUCUUCUUGGUAAGCAACUCCAGUGUAAAGGUGAAUUCAUCUCCCAGUGUCUGGUGGAAAGCAGACUGAACCAGGUUUUCCUCUAGGAUUUUCAUUCUGCUUCUUUUUUAUCCUGGAAAAACUCCCCAGUCCUUAACGAUUACAAACAUACCCAUAACAUGAUGCAGCCACCACUAUGCUUGAAAAUAUGGGGAGUGGUACUUGGUAAUGUGUUGUAUUGGAUUUACCCCAACCAAAACACUUUUUAUUCAGGACAAAAAGUGAAUUGCUUUGCCACUGUUUUUGCUGUAUUACUUUAGUGCCUUGUUGCAAACAGGAUGCAUGUUUAAGAAUAUAUUCCGUCUUUUCACUUGAUCCAUCCUCAGUUUUCUCCUAUCACUGUAACUGUUUUAAAGUCACCAUUGGCCUCAUGGUGAAAUCCCUGAGUGGUUUCCUUCCUCUCCGGCAACUGAGUGAGGAAGGAUGUCUGUAUCUUUGUGGUGACUGGGUGUAUUGAUACACCAUCCAAAGUGUAAUUAAAAACUUCACCAUGCUCAAAGGGAUAUUCAAUGUCUCCUUUUUUUUUUUUUUUUUUUACCCAUCUACCCAUCUAUUUUGUGAGGCAUUGGAAAACCUCCCUGGUCUUUGUGGUUGAAUCUGUUUGAAAUUCACUGCUCGACUGAGGGACCUUUAUAGAUAAUUGUAUGUGUGGAGUACAAGGAUGAGGUAGUCAUCAUUGCACACAGAGUGAGUUGCAUGGACACAGAGUGAGUCCAUGCAACUUAUUAUCCGAGUUGUUAAGAACAUCUUUACUCCUGAACUUAUUUAGGCUUGCCAUAACAAAGUGGUUGAAUACUUAUUGACUCAAGACAUUUCAGCUUUCAUUUUUUUUUUUUUUUUUGAAAAACAUAAUUCCACAUUGACAUUAUGGGGUACUUUGUGUAGGCCAGGGACACCUUUUUUUAUUCAGGCUGUAACACAACAAAAUGUGGAAAAAGUCAAUGGGUGGUGUGAAUAUUUUCUGAAGGCACUGUACAUACAAAGUUUGUUCCAUGAUUCAAAGGAAGUGCUCGGUUUUUCAAACAGCCUGCUAGUUCUAAGUUGUGCCUAUGCCAUGUAUUUUCCAAACCCAGGAGGAGGGUGAGGAGGAGAAAGUGCUGAAGGAGGAUUCUAUAGAUGCGGAGGAGAAGGAGGAGAAGGAGGAGGAUGAGAGCAGCAACACAAAUGCUGAGGAGUACGACCCUCUGGAGGCCGAAGAUGCUGACGACGAUGAUGAAGAUGGUACAUACAAUUCAUCCUGAUUCAUUAUGGGCCUGUGUCCUGGACACAGAUUAGGCCUUGACUAAAAAGCAUGCUCAAGAGAGAAUCUCUAUAACAAACCCUAGAAGUGUUAAGAAAUUCUACCUUGUACGUUUCACAAGUACAAAUCUGACGGACUUCUGUCGAUUCUCUCUCAGAUAAAGACGAUGAGGACUCUAACGGCAGGGACAGGAGAGAUGACCGCAGCAGCAGAGACGACAGGAAGUCCAAAGAGAGGUCCUCUAAAGACAAGGAGAAGGAGAAGAAGCAAAUGGUGACCUACAACAAGGACCUGCUCAUGGCCUUUGUCUACUUUGACCAGAGCCACUGUGGCUACCUGCUGGAGAAAGACCUGGAGGACAUCAUGUACACACUGGGGUUACAUCUGUCCAGAGCCCAGGUAUACACACACACACACUGGGGCUUACACUUGUCUUGAGCUCAAGUUUACACACGCCUGUCUUGCUCUUUUUAUAUUUGUCACAAUAUAUGUGAUUGAUCAUUUGUUAGUACUUUUUAUAAUGUUUAUUCAUUUGCAGGUAAAGAAGUUGUUGAACAAGCCGGUGGUGAGAGAGUCUUGUUACUACCGUAAACUGACGGACGCAGCUAAAGAUGAGGCUGCUCCUUCUUUCAGUGAACCACUGCUAGACAACCUGCUAGGUGAGUGAAGGAGAACUGACACUGGAAUGGGUUAUUAAUGUUCUCUUUUUGACUUAUCUCAAUUUUUAAGCAUAACUAAGGUGGAUCCGAAUGAUCUAGUCCUUCACCAAUGCUUUCUGUGAAUAUCCAACAUCCUAGUUAGAACUGACCUAGUGUGGUUUAUUUUGAGUCUGACUCUCUCUCUCUACUUUCUUUCCCUCCCUCUUCCUUUCCUUCUCUCUCUCCACCUCUCUCUCUCCUCAGGUAACCGUGCCUUGCUGCCCACGCUUGUGUCUCGUGGCCAGGCAGCGCCAGUGGAGGCUAGUGAGUCCGGAGGCGGCAGCAGUCUGAUAGUGUAUAAUGGAGCCAUGGUGGACGUGGGCAGCAUCAUGCAGAAACUGGACAAGAGUGAGAAGGCCAGGGAGGAGAUAGAGCAGAAACUCAUGGUGCAGGACUCCAAGAUGGGUAAGAGACAAGUCACCUUAACAGAUUUACUCAAUUCUCUUCAUGGCCAUUGGGACAUAGGCCAAUAUGUCCUUUGCAUCAUUUUGUUCCUCGCUCCACCAGAGCCAUUACUUAUCUUUUAUGAUCAUCGUUAAACUCAGACUGGCUUUUGUAGGUCUUCAAAGGUCUUUUAAGCUCUGAUGGCUUUGACGCAAUGUUAUCCUAAUUCUGCAGCCUGAUGGCAUUAGAAUUGCCCCUUGUGGGAUGAAAAAAAAUAUCCUAUGUAUUUUUAAUAACUGCAAUUGGUGAAUGAACUUCAACCGGGAAAAAACGUGUAAUUUAAUAGAAUGGAGAAUGUGUUCCUGAGUGUCUAAACCUGUAUGUGUGUGUGUUGUUGUCUAAACCUAUGCGUGUGUGUGUGUUGUUGUCUAAACCUGUAUGUGUGUGUCUGUGUGUUGUCUAAAUGUGUGUGUGUUGUUGUCUAAACCUGUAUGUGUGUGUCUGUGUGUUGUCUAAAUGUGUGUGUGUGUUGUCUAAACCUGUAUGUGUGGGUGGUGCUGUCUAAACCUGUAUGGGUGUGUUGUCUAAACCUGUAUGGGUGUGUUGUCUAAACCUGUAUGUGUGGGUGGUGCUGUCUAAACCUGUAUGUGUGGGUGGUGCUGUCUAAACCUGUAUGUGUGGGUGGUGCUGUCUAAACCUGUAUGUGUGGGUGGUGCUGUCUAAACCUGUAUGUGUGGGUGGUGCUGUCUAAACCUGUAUGUGUGGGUGGUGCUGUCUAAACCUGUAUGUGUGGGUGGUGCUGUCUAAACCUGUAUGUGUGUUGUGUUCCAGCCGAGGACACCAAGCAAAUCCUCCAGCUGGUCUCAGCUAACCGAGCCCUGUCUAAAGAUCUGGAGGAGGUGAAGGGAACUCUGGGCCAGACGGAGAACAACUUCAGAGCUACGGAGGAAGAGAAGACUGUCUACCACGACCAGCUCAGCAAGACACUCAACAACCUGGGCAAUGCCAUUAAGGAACUGCAGGGAGUCCUCAAGAAGGUAUAA